AUUUAAUCUCGAUUACUUAUAAAUAUAGAAACGCAGCUAAGAGACGGUUGGAGAUGACAGCGAGUGAUAACAAAUCGCCGAAAUGGUGAAUGUUAUGAAAGGAAUUUUGGUCGAAUGUGAUGAAGCUAUGAAACAAUUCUUGCUACACUUGGAUGAAACUUUUGCUUUGGGAAAAAAAUUUAUUAUUCAAGACUUGGAUGAAAAACAUUUAUUCAUAUCAACUGAUAUAUUAGAUACUUUGCAAGCAAAAGUUGAUGAUUUGAUGGAUCAAAUAUCAGCCUCUCUGAUUGAAAAAAGUGCAUAAGCAGAA